UUCACAUUCAGGUUGUAUCAGGGAAAUACUUACCUGUCUGUCAAAUUUUAAUUAAAAGAAAAAUUUCUUAUUCUUACUAAGAAAGGAGUUGAUUGUUCUUGUUACAAUAGAGCACCUUUUUAUUUAUACGUUUAAUUAUCUGUUACACUAACUUGUCAUCUUUCAUUUACAUAAUAUGAAAUAUUGAAUCAAAAUCCACUUCUAAAUUAACGAUCAUGUGUGCACAAUUCGUUCCAAUUUUAAUGAUCACGAUUAUAAUAUAAUGUGUAAACCAAUUAAUUCAUAUGGUAAUGUCUCUUUUUAGAAAUCAAGCUGAAUCCUAUGUUAUUAUGAAUUACAUAGACUAUAUAGAAGUCAAAAACGUGCACAGGCAGGCCGAUAUAUGUUAUUGUUGAGUGUACCAGUGGUAAUCAAGAUCAUUCACAAAUGUUUGCCUUCACUAACAAUAAUAUAGAUAUGUGUGCACAUAUGUAACAUGUAUAUGUGUAUAUGUAUUCCUCUAAGUUUUGCUGCAUUAUAUGGUUGAGCACUACUGAACAAUUUGAUCUCCAACUAAGUAUUCACUGAUUAUGGAAUGGAAACAGAUCAAAUAUUUCAAUGUCAACUGAUCUUAUCUAGUAUCACAGCAGAACAUAUCCUAUGUGGCAGCAUUAAGCAGAAUCAAGAAACAAUUCUUCAAAACAUUGAUAAACAUAUAUGAAUUUUUAUUCACACGUAACUAUUUUUAUGUAACUGCUUCAAAAAUAUUUUUCCUUAUACAUAAUUGUGGGAUAAUUACCUGUAUCUACAUACCUGUAUAAUAUGUAUACAUCUUUAUCAAGCUGUUUCACUGUACUGGUUAAUUGUAUGUUUGUAUAAAUACAUGUUAUCAGUUCAGUGAUUUAUUAAAGCAUUCCUUAUCUGAAGCAGUUUUACACUCUGCGUUCAUAUUGGAAAUAGGUGAUGUUGCAAUUAUGAACGAGCACACAUUCCCAUGUGUUGAAAGUUGAGAUACAAGUAAAUCAGUAAUCAGUUAAUAGUGAACAGUGAAUGCUAAUAGAAGGUAUCAAUCUCUAACAUAUUUAUAUUGUUUGUUCAUUUUGGUAACAAUUUCUUAUGAUCUAUUGUUAGUAUUUAAUAGUGCACAUAUCGAAGUGUAUGUACUUAUAUAAAUAUAUGCUUAAAGGACAUCGUUCAAAGUUCUUGAUGUGUGUUGUUUUAUUGAAAGUAUUACACGAGAAAUAAGAGCAGAAUUAAGUUUACUUAAAAGUGUACAUAAAUACUGCCAUAAGAUGUUACAAUUAAUUGUGAUUGAAAUCCAAUUUUCUACUAAAGGUCAUUAACAGCAAUUAUACAACUGCGUCUCUUAUUUGCCAUAUUCUGAUUAAACUAGUUAUUAAAAGUAAGACACAUGUAAGAAUAAUAGUGAAUAAUAAGUGUGUUGAUGUGUAAAGUGCUGAAAGAUUAAGAAUACAAGAUGCCAGGCACUUUAACAUACCCAAUAUAUGCUGGAAUGGCAUCACCUCCUCGAAGAACACGUUCUUAUUCCUGGAAUACUCAAUACCGCUCUGCAUCUCGGGUUUUAGAAGUUAAUGCAAGACCAGGAAGAGUUUCAUUGGCAGAGCAACCUACAGUACACAGAGAAGAUGCUACCAGCAAGCUGAGAUUGAAAGUGAUCGCUGGACACCAUUUAGCAAAGAAGGAUAUUUUUGGUGCCAGCGAUCCAUAUGUACGUGUCGACUUAAAUACUAUCAGUGGUGAUCAAACAAUAGACUCAGCACUCACUAAAACUAAGAAAAAGACUGUGAAUCCUGUCUGGGAGGAAGAAUUUAUAUUUAGAGUUAAACCUAUUGAACACAAAUUGGUGCUACAAGUAUUUGAUGAAAAUAGGUUGACGAGAGAUGAUUUUCUUGGAAUGGUAGAACUAACAUUGAUCAAUGUACCUAAAGAGCAAGAAGGUCGUACGAUUCCUGCUAGGCGUUAUUGUCUUAGACCACGUAGUAAUCAUUCCAGUCAGCGUUCGAGAGUGAAGGGUACCUUGGAAGUAUACCAUGCAUACAUUUCGGAUUCAUCAACUGUGGAGAAUGACAAUGGAGAUACUGCAUCUGACUCGGGAGGAUGGGAGAUAGUGCAACCAGUUAAUAGUCCGGUGGAGCAGGCUGCGGAUAUAAUGAUGAACAGGCCUCUGCCACCAGGAUGGGAAGAAAGACAAGACGCAAACGGACGAACGUAUUACGUUAAUCAUAUAGCAAGAUUUACGCAAUGGGAACGUCCAACAGAAUCCACUACUACACCUAGUGGAAAUAUGGCAAUGGAGCGAAUGUUUGAUAAUGCAGCUACUGAAUUUCAACGACGUUACCACAUUAGCGCGGAUGAAGAUAGACAUAGAAGUUCGAUUCAGGAUGGUGAAGUUCUACGCGAGGAAAACGAGGAUUCUGACGCGAGAGAUUAUGAGAUUGAGAGUCAUAGGGGAGGGUUUAGUGGGGAUACAUCUUCAGACUCCGGACGUUCUGUUGAUCAACGUGGCUACCUUAGUGAAUAUGAAGACCAGAGUGAUGAAACCGUGGACAGUCCUGCUGGAUCUAGGCGAUCAUCUGAACAAAUUGAAAGUCCGAAACCUACAAUUCCGUUAAGUGAUGAAGGAUUACCACCUGGAUGGGGUAUGCAAAUAGCUCCGAACGGUAGAGUAUUUUUUAUUGAUCAUACUGCAAGGACAACAACAUGGAUCGAUCCCCGAACAGGACGUCCAAGUUCGAUACCUAAUCAUAUUGCUCCUGCAACGACACCAAGAAGUGAUUUGGAUCAACUUGGCCCGCUUCCCGAAGGUUGGGAAGAACGAGUUCAUACGGACGGACGGAUAUUUUUCAUUGAUCAUAACACAAGAACAACGCAAUGGGAGGAUCCACGUAUGUCUAAUCCUCAAAUUGCUGGACCGGCUGUACCAUAUUCGCGAGAUUACAAACGUAAAUACGAAUAUCUUAAGUCUCAAUUAAGGAAGCCUAAUAAUGUUCCUAACAAAUUCGAAAUAAAAGUUAGCCGAAAUAAUAUUCUAGAAGAUUCGUACCGCAUUAUCAGUUCAGUCAACAGAGUAGAAAUAUUAAAGACAAAAUUAUGGGUUGAAUUUGAAGGGGAAGUCGGUUUGGAUUACGGCGGUCUUGCGCGCGAAUGGUUUUUCCUACUUUCUAAAGAAAUGUUCAAUCCUUAUUAUGGAUUGUUCGAAUAUUCUGCUACGGACAAUUACACUUUGCAAAUUAAUCCGUUCUCGGGAGUAUGUAAUGAAGAACAUUUAAAUUACUUCAAAUUUAUUGGUCGCAUAGCGGGCAUGGCUGUUUACCACGGAAAACUGUUAGACGCAUUUUUCAUUCGACCCUUUUAUAAAAUGAUGUUGGCUAAACCUAUUGAUUUAAAAGAUAUGGAGAGCGUUGAUUCCGAAUAUUAUAAUUCGUUAUUAUGGAUCAAGGAGAACGAUCCCAGUGAAUUGGAACUUACAUUUUCUGUCGAUGAAGAAAGUUUUGGACAUACAUCUCAAAGAGAGUUGAAACCGGAUGGUGCUAAUGUACCAUUAACAAAUGAAAAUAAGGAUGAAUAUAUCGCUUUAGUUAUACAAUGGCGUUUUGUCUCAAGAGUUCAAGAACAAAUGAAUGCAUUUUUGGAAGGUUUUAAUGCUCUUAUACCACCAACGUUGGUAAAGAUAUUUGACGAACACGAAUUAGAAUUGUUGAUGUGUGGUAUUCAACAUAUUGAUGUACGAGACUGGAAACAGAAUACAUUGUACAAAGGAGACUAUCAUGCUAAUCACAUCGUUGUUCAGUGGUUUUGGCGAGUAGUGCUUUCAUUUAGUAACGAGAUGAGAUCCAGACUUUUACAGUUUGUAACUGGUACAUCAAGAGUACCGAUGAAUGGUUUUAAAGAACUUUAUGGUAGCAACGGACCGCAAUUGUUUACGAUUGAAAAAUGGGGUACUCCAGAAAAUUAUCCAAGAGCUCAUACUUGUUUUAAUCGUAUUGAUUUACCACCUUACGAAAGUUAUCAACAACUCAGGGAAAAAUUGGUAAAAGCGAUUGAAGGUUCUCAAGGUUUUGCUGGAGUGGAUUAGCACGAAAUACCCCUUUUCAUGAUGAUAUCUGAUAUACAUUUUUCUGCACUCUGAAGACUUAGAUAUCUUUUGACUGCUCGUUACGACAUUGAGACAAAUCGGUGAAAAGUACGUUUAGAUAUUACUUAAAAUACUAUCAAUAAUUAACAAAAAAAUGUUACGCAUGAUG